AUGGGAAUUCAAUACCUCACCAAACACCUCCUCCCAUAUGCCGAGAGCAUCCAACUCAAUGGCCAACUCCCAGGCCCAGAAGACCCCCCGCGCGUGCGAGGAGUCGUCAUCGACGGCCCAAGUCUAGUAUACCAUGUCCACCACCGCCUACUGUCAUGGAUAGACCCAAGCUGCGACAUCCUGGAUGUCCAACCAAGCUGCGACGAAGUCAGUCGCGGGGUAUGCAGCUUCCUCUUCCAAUUGAACAAACUAGGCGUUGAAAUCCACCAAAUAUGCUUCGACGGCGCCCUCCCAACCUCAAAACGCGAAACACGCCUAUCAAGAAACGAAAAAUCGCGCAAAAGACUCGAGCUUGCCCGCCGCGACCUACCCCUCCACUCAGCGCCCAAAUCCCGGCCCCCAAUUAACCCCAAAGCAGGCCAAAUCUGGUGCAGUCGCGGUCUACCCAGUCGAAGGAAGAACCUACCCGAAAACCCAUUCAUGGUUUCCUGCGUAUACGAGGACCUCAAAGGUCGCUGGACGACAGAGUCUAUUCGAAAGGAUAUCGAUGAGGAUGUCAGCUCGCUCCGCAAUAAACAUGAAUACCCCUUUGCGGAGAGGACGGUUAUGGUCCCCGGCGAGGCAGAUGUGGAAUGCGCGCGCGUCGCAAAAGCGACGGGGUCGGUGGUUUUAUCCGGGGAUUCGGAUUUGAUGGUUCAUGAUCUUGGGUUGGAAGGUGGGGUUGUGUUUCUGGAUUCUGUGCAGACGCCGUCGGGCGUGUGGGAUCCUGUUGAGGGGGAUAUUCGGGGGUUGAGGAUUUGUCCGGCUGGGCUUGCGCGGAAGUUGGGGGUCGCUAGUCUUCGGCGGUUUGCGUUUCGCUUGAUGCAGGAUCCGCAUUUGAGGUUUGCGCAGAUUGUGCAGGCGGCUAAGCAUGAUGGCGGGGUGACGGAGGCUUUGGAUGAAUAUCGGGAGUUUUUGAAGGAAUAUGAAGAUGAGGAUACGCAUUUGCAGCCUGCUCUUGGGUAUCAGCUUCCUGGGGUCUAUUGCUCGGAUGGCAUGCCGCAUGUUUAUCUCGGGGUUUUGAGUGAAGAUCAUGCUAGGCAGUGUGCUUGGAGGCAUGGGCGCGAUUAUCGUGCUCUUGGGUAUUCGUUUUUCAAUCUUUCGAGGGCUGCUGAUAAUCGGUACUCGGUUGUGCGUGAGUAUGUUCGUCGAGGUGGAAGGAUUGUUGCCGAUGAGGUGGCGCUCAGUGAGGAACAGUACGUGAAGUCGGACUUAGGGCUAUUUCGCAGUCGACUUGAAUCUGCACGGGAUAUGUUCAGGCAUAGUCUAGCGACGGAGAGGUUCUGGUUCCUGUUCGCCCUUGCUGAGGUCUACCGUGAUGCGAGUGCGACUCCAACGGGAAAGCAAGUAGAAAAGUUCCUUGCAAAGGGAUACAUGGGUCAACGGACUGAUUGGGUGGAUGUUCAGCUCCUCGGUCAGAUCCAGGCUACGUUGUAUUCUCUACGGAUACUGAAGCAGCUUCUUGAUAUCGCUGCUCCGGAUGAUGACUCGGUUGACUCCAAGUCGCUACUUGCAGAAUUACCACCGCUAUACAUCAUGAUGUCGCGGCGGAGGAUGAUGGAAAGCUUUGCGGACAAUCGAGUCGCUAAGGAUGCGGUGCGUAAAUUGUUCACAACAUUUUCUUAA